AUGGUUCAGUCCCCCAGCGGCGCCAAGAGCGGCCCUUUUCAUCUCGACAACAUCGAAGAAGCCAAAAUGAUGUUCCUUGAACACCUGGGUCCACGGCUUGAAGACCCCAUCGAGCAAGGCGCGGCCCUUCUGGGCAGUCGGUUCGGUCAUCAAUUCCCUGCGGUCGUGGUCAAGCCCGGACGAUCAUUCGAUAGACAGACUCCUACCCUUUCCUACGUGGCCGGCAACGAGCCUGAUGCUCGUACCUUGGUCGUCAACAUUUGUUUGCAUGCCAACGCAUGGCACUCAAGUAUGAUUGGCGGCAACAAGGCUACGAUAGCUAGACGGCCCCUUGAUCGUCUUGCUAAAUACUGUCUCCUUGCCCGAACUCGUUAUGGGUUCCUUAUGAGCCCGAAGGAAAUCGUUGUCAUGCGCAUUCGAGGCACAGUGUUCGACACUAGUAUGUCUUGCCAUGGCGAAUGGCAAGCUAUUCCAUGGUCCGUAAAUGGCCCGUACGAACUCACCGCGUGUCUGUCUAUCUGGUUUCUGGUAAUGCUGAGCCUUGAUGACCUGCGCCUGUCAGGCUCUCCCCCACACUACCUCCCACCUCCAUACUACCUGCCUGCACCCCGAUCUCUGAACGUUUGGACGCGUUACCAGGUCCCUAAAGGGUUCUUCUACCGCCACCCUUCUUCUGGACAACGCGGGGCCGAGCUUCCUGAAGGGGCCGAGUUCGAGGACUCCCCCAAUGGGUCUUCCUCUUGA